GGGGAACAGCGUCGCGGCCGCCGCCGCCUCCGCCUCCGCCGCCUGGGACGAGGGGGUGGGGGACGGACGAGCCCCGAUGCCGGGGGAGACGGAAGAGCCGAGAUCCCAGGAGCAGCAGGAGCAGGAAGGGGGAGAGGCGGCGGCGGCCAAGGCGGCUCCGGAGGAGGCCCAACAACGGCCCGUAGAGGCGGUGGCGGCGGCGCCUGCGGGAACCACAAGCAGCCGCGUGCUCAGGGGAGGUCGGGACCGAGGCCGGGCCGCUGCGGCCGCCGCCGCCGCCGCCGUGUCCCGUCGGAGGAAGGCCGAGUACCCCCGUCGGAGGAGGAGCAGCCCCAGCGCCAGGCCUCCCGACGCCCCCGGGCAGCAGUCCCAGGCCGCGAAGCCCCCGUCUCCAGUGCAGGGCAAGAAGAGCCCGCGACUCCAAUGCAUAGAAAAAAUAACAACUGAUAAAGAUCCCAAAGAAGAGAAGGAGGAAGAAGACAACUCUGCCAUCCCUCGGGAAGUUACCACUGCUGCAAGUAGACCUAGUCGGAGCUGGCGCAGUGGUAGCAGGACGUCAGUCUCUCGCCUUCCAGACACCGAGAACACUCGAAGCUCUCGAUCCAAGACUGGUUCAUUGCAGCUCAUUUGCAAGUCAGAACCAAUUACAGAUCAGCUUGACUAUGAAGUUGCAGAAGAACAUCAGUCUCCUGGUGGCAUUAGUAGUGAUGAGGAAGAGGAGGAAGAAGAAGAGAUGUUAAUCAGUGAAGAAGAAAUACCAUUCAAAGAUGACCCAAGAGAUGAGACCUACAAACCCCACUUAGAAAGGGAAACUCCAAAGCCACGGAGAAAAUCAGGGAAGGUGAAAGAAGAAAAGGAAAAGAAGGAAAUUAAAGUGGAAGUAGAAGUAGAGGUGAAAGAAGAAGAGAAUGAAAUUAGGGAAGAUGAAGAACCUCCUAGGAAGAGAGGAAGAAGGCGAAAAGAUGACAAAAGUCCCCGGUUACCCAAAAGGAGGAAAAAACCUCCAAUCCAGUAUGUCCGUUGUGAGAUGGAAGGAUGUGGAACUGUUCUUGCACACCCUCGCUAUUUGCAGCACCACAUUAAGUACCAGCAUUUGCUGAAGAAGAAGUACGUAUGUCCCCACCCCUCCUGUGGACGACUCUUCAGGCUCCAGAAGCAACUUCUACGACAUGCCAAACAUCAUACAGAUCAGAGAGAUUAUAUCUGUGAAUAUUGUGCUCGGGCCUUCAAGAGUUCCCACAAUCUGGCAGUGCACCGGAUGAUUCACACCGGCGAGAAGCCAUUACAAUGUGAGAUCUGCGGAUUUACCUGUCGACAAAAGGCAUCCCUUAAUUGGCACAUGAAGAAACAUGAUGCAGACUCCUUCUACCAGUUUUCUUGCAAUAUCUGUGGCAAAAAAUUUGAGAAGAAAGACAGCGUAGUGGCACACAAAGCGAAAAGCCACCCUGAGGUGCUGAUUGCAGAAGCUCUGGCUGCCAAUGCAGGCGCCCUCAUCACCAGCACAGAUAUCUUGGGCACUAACCCAGAGUCCCUGACACAACCUGCAGAUGGUCAGGGACUUCCUCUUCUUUCUGAGCCCUUGGGAAACUCAACUUCAGGAGAGUGCCUGCUACUAGAAGCUGAAGGGAUGUCAAAGUCAUACUGCAGUGGGACGGAACGGGUGAGCCUCAUGGCUGACGGGAAGAUCUUUGUAGGAAGCAGCAGCAGCGGGGGCACUGAAGGACUGGUCAUGAACUCGGAUAUACUCGGUGCUACCACAGAGGUUCUGAUUGAAGAUUCAGACUCUACUGGACCUUAGUGGAGAGGAAGACUUUGGGCACUGGGACAGUUCAGACUUUGUAUUUAAAGGAUAAAAAGGACAAAAAAAAAGAAUUUAAAGCAUUGAAAAUCUAGUAAAAUAACUGAAGGGCCUGCUCUUUCCAUUGUGGAUCACAGCACACACACACACACACACACACACACACACACACAGCCCAUCCCCAUUCUGUGAACUCUCUCUGUUCUCUUCCUUAAAUAAUUGAUGUUGCCUUUACCACAAAGGUAGAUGAAAAAGAAGCAUUAGCCGGUCUUAAGGUGAGGAUUAUCCUAUUCGUUCCAGCCAGUGGCAGACUUCCUGCUCAUCAGCAGAUCCCCUUUUCCAACC